UGUACAGCAUUUUCAAUUCGGUCUGCACAGGUUAUGUACACGGCAAAGGAUCCCAACAUUUGAGCCACAAACCAGCUGCAGGCCUCUGUCAUCGGCCAAAAAAAAAUGACAGAGAUCAGAAAAAAAGUUGAGCAACAGGGCCAAGAACUUCUCAAAACUGCAACGGAUUUAUAGGCAAGAACUUCAGUUGAACUUGGACUGUCAGUUAUAAAGGUGCGGUUGCCACCACGAAACCUUCAAAACUAUGAAGUGGACCUUUCUUCUUGUUUGUUUUUCCCUUUUUCUCAGUUCUGGCUGGGCUUUGAAUUGCUACCACUGUUCGGGCUCUGACAACCCAGAUAAAUGUAAGGACCAAUUUGACUACGAUGUCCCGAUACAGAACUGUACUGCUAAUCAGACCGCUUGCAUGAAAGUCAAAGAGCGCUUUUCGGGUGUAGUUGCCCGACGAUGUGCCACUCUGGAGACGUGUGGUCUUCCGGCAGAUACGAGAUUCGGUGACUGCAAAACUUUCGCAACAUCAAUACAAGUAUGUUGCUUCCGCCAUGAGCUGUCCAACAGCGCCACCACUUGGCGUGUCGGUGCCAUGGUGGUGGCAACCAUCGUGCUUCUGGCACACUAUCUGAAAUGAAAAAAAAACCACAAUACGUGUUAAGCUUAAAGAGACUAGUACAUUUUCUUUGAUUACACACAUGACAAUGAUGUUCAAUGGUUGUCAACUAAACGGCGCAGUACACCUUUUCACUAGAGCUCCGUGUUUGUUGAGCAAGGGCGGAUCCAGAACACAA